CGCAAACACUGUCCCGUACAACUUUGGUAAUAUUGUCUAGCUAGUUUAUGCAUAUACGUAUAUGUUUUGGGAAGGUUACAUAUCGUUAUGUCGGUACAAGUUAGGACCUGAAUAUCGUUUGAGAGAAACAACAUUUAGCUAGCAGGUUAGCUAACUAUCAGAUCAGGAGGUGUGAGAGGGUCGCUAGCCAGCAGCAUGUCGGUUCACUUCGAGGAGAGAAGUGGUGUUAUCCCGUGUAAUACACCAUGGGGAAACUGGUCCCAAACCAUGGAGGAGGUAUUUAUUGAAGUGAAUGUACCCCGUGGGACGUCUGGCAAAGAAGUAAAAUGUAAUCUGGGAUCCAAACAGAUAGAACUACACGUCAAAGGACAACAAGUCUUCAAGGGUAAAUUAUUUGGCAUCACUGUUGCUGAUGAAGGAACGUGGACAUUAGAGGAUAAGUGUCUGAUCCGUAUCGUGCUGAUGAAGACGAACAGGGAGGCAGGUAACUGCUGGUCCUCUCUGCUAGAGGGAGAGUACUGUGCUGAUGCCUGGCUCCAGGACCAGAUGCAGAGGAAACUAACUCUGGAGAGGUUCCAGAGAGAGGUGAGUCAUGGUAAUACCACUAGUCAUUUCCAUAGAGGUGAUCAGUGAAACAGACAGUCCCACACAGAGCCUUAACACUGACUAUACUUCAAUAGCCUAAGUCCUCAGGCCUCUACAUUAUCUGUAAAACAUGGAUAGAUGAAGGCAUAUUAACAUGCAGGCUUUCUGUACUGCUUUCACUUCUCUACAUUAAAUGAAUGUUGCUGUGUCACUUCCCACUCUGUCAACAGAACCCUGGCUUUGACUUCAGUGGAGCAGAGAUCUCUGGGAACUUUGCAGGUGGUGGGCCAGACUUCUCCAGCUUGCAGAAGUGAUAGUUAAACAGCAAAAGGGACUCACCCACUGUACAGUACGCCUGAGACUGUCAUAUGGACACUUGAGGCUUGCUAAGGCCUACAGGUGAAGAGAUUCUGCUUGGUUAUGAACUCAGGUUGAGCAGUUGCCUUUGGGCAAAGAAUAGACAAAGAAUAUUCCAAUCAAUCAUUUGAAACUAUAAGCCAUAACUGUACAAACCCACACCCUGCCUUUCCUUUCAACCCUCGUAUGCAUUUAGGAUUGGCUCUUUUUAUUCUGCCAAACCUUUCAGAAUGCAUUGCCAUAAUUCAGUUAAGUAGCUGUCGGUAUGGAAAUCUGCUGUGUGGAUUUAUAAUAAAUUGUUGAAAAAUGGU